AUGAAUACGUUGCUGCAUCUUAUAUUGGCAAGUGUCGCCUUCUUCAUUGUGGCUGAUGCUGCUCCUGCCAGCGCAGCCAGUUCGGCCGCUCCAACGGUCACGAUAGACUCCGGUGCUGUGGUUGGAACGACGACCCGGCUUGCGGGUGCUACGGUCGCGGUCGACAAAUAUCUGGGUAUCCCGUUCGCAGCAUCCCCGACACGUUUUGCACCAGCCGUCAGGCCCACGCCAUGGAAAUCGCCAUACCAUGCCACAAAAUAUGGCCCUGCAUGCAUACAGCAAUUCAACUAUCCGGAGUUGUCUCGAAACGCAACAAUGGCGUGGUUUAACACUCCGCCUCCUCCGGCUGGCGAGAGUGAGGAUUGCCUCAAUCUGAACGUCUACGCCCCUGCGACACCGGGGAAAAACAAGACCGUCAUGGCUUGGAUCUAUGGGGGUAACUUGCAGUUUGGAUCAAACUCUGCCACGUACUAUGAUGGGUCAUCUUUUGCGGCCAACCAAGAUGUCAUUGUUGUCGCAUUCAACUACCGGACGAACGUCUUCGGCUUUCCAAACUCUCCAGAGCUACCUCUUGCGAGACGAAAUCUAGGAUUUUGGGAUCAACGUUUUGCGCUGGACUGGAUUCAAAGGAACAUUGCUGCAUUCGGUGGUGACCCCAAGAAGGUGACCAUUUUUGGCGAGAGCGCUGGUGCUGCAAGUGUGGACGCACUUGUGACGAGCCUACCAAAGAACCCUCCUUUCCGCGCAGCGAUCAUGGAGUCCGGUCAGAAUUCGUUCUACAUCAACCCGACGAACGCGCCUACCUCUUGGCUCACACUGGCCGCAGUAUUGAACUGCACCCAGACUCAUCCGUAUUCAAACUUGACAUGUCUACGGGCUGCAAACGCUUCUGUCAUCAAGUCCACCAUCGAGCACCUCGCAUUGGCGUUCCGUCCAGUGUCUGACAAUGUCACGCUUCUACGCUAUCCGGAGGCAGCGCGCCUAAACAAGAGCAUUGCCGCAGUCCCGAUCUUGACCGGGACCAACGCAAACGAAGGCUCGCUCUUCACCGUCGGACAAAGCAACUCAGCCGCAUACCUAGCCUCCGUCUUGGGCAAUCAAACUGCUCUGAUUCAGAGCAUUCUGGCCGCGUAUCCCUUGGCCCCUGCAGCACAACUGGCCGCCAUCACGACAGACUUCAGCUUCACUUGCCCCGCCGGCAUUCUGGCCAACGACUCGCGCGCUGCCGGCUACCCGACAUGGCGGUACUACUUCAACGCGACGUUCGCCAACACGCAGAUCUUCCCGGGCGCCGGCGCGUACCAUUCGUCCGAGAUACCCAUUGUCUGGGGCACGUAUCCCCGUGUCAACGCUACCGACGACGAGAAGGCGCUGAGCCAGUAUCUGCAGACCGCAUGGGCAACGUUCGCGCGCAAUCCGCUCUCUGGCCCUGGAUGGGACGGCGUACCAAGAGUGGCCGACCUAGGCACUGGAGGUGUCCUGAACACGCCGAUCAACGCGGGUGUGAUUGAUAAGAAUUGUCAUUUCUUCCGCCAGUAUUACAACGUGUUUGGCAGUGCGGUGCAAGGUGCUGGUGGUGAUGGUUCGGCAACGCUGGGCGCGGCUACAGUACGUCUGGAUUAA